AUAUUGGUCACACCAUUCAUGUUUGAACAAGUGUAUCUUCCCUAAAGAAACAAACAAAUAGAAGGAUCACUAUUUCAACCAUGAGAUACCUCCGGAUUUGCUCCGGGGGGGCAAUGACUAAUUUCUCGUCAACGGUUUUCCUUUUACUGCAUCACCAAGCGGUCCAUAACCGUCACCCUCCUCGUCAACUUCAUCCAGAAGAUGACAGGUACUGCAUCUCAAAAGUCAAAUACACUGACACACCCAAAGAAAAGAGGAGAAACCGAGAAAAACUUGGAAAAAACAAUGGAGCCCAACAAGGUCCUUUUUUUCCACCCCUAUUUCGUCAAUUCGUCCUCUUAUUCGCUAGCAAAGUCUCAAUUCCAGUUGUUGUUGGGAUGGCUACUACUGUGGGAGGGAAUGUGGAAUCCUCAGCAGUUCCUACGUCGGUGCCGGUUCGAGUAGCCCAUGAGCUUCUUCAAGCUGGACAUCGUUAUUUGGAUGUCAGGACUGCUGAGGAGUUCAGUGCUGGGCAUGCUGUUGGGGCCACCAAUGUUCCUUACAUGUUCAAAGUUGGAUCAGGGAUGACAAAGAACCCUAAGUUUCUGGAGGAAGUAUUGUUACAGUUUACAAAAGAUGACAAGAUUAUUGUUGGAUGCCAGUCUGGCAAAAGAUCGAUGAUGGCAGCAACAAGCCUUAUAUCUGCUGGUUUUACAGGUGCUACAGACAUGGCUGGUGGGUAUGCUGCUUGGACACAGAAUGGACUCCCAAUAGCGUCCUGAGUCUGGCUUUUGGGCACAUGAUCUAUUUGCUUCAUGGCAAUUACGGGGGGAAAAAUAAAGAAAACAUGAAUAAAACUCGCUUAAGAAAAAGAAAAUAUGAAUCAACAUAGACCUGCAUUAUGGGAAGAGAUUUCCAGUGAAAAUGCUCAGUCUGUAAUAAACACAAGAUAACAACAUCGACUGUUUUGUGGCCUGUAUCCUUUUUCUUUUUUUGUUCUAUAUAUAUAUCUAUAUCUCAUACAUGUGAAGAAUUGAA